AUGUCGAUGCCAUCAUUGCCAUUACCCUUCGACCUUCGCAGCAUCGACGGCCAGAUCCUCUUCCCCAACUGGCAAAUGGCUCCGACCCUGAGGAAAUCAGGCCAAUCUACCCCUCAGAAAGCUCAGCACCUGGUGGUCCUUGUCCAUGGCCUCUGGGGAAAUCCUGGCCAUCUCAACUACAUCGCUGACGCCCUGCGCGACCGUUACAGCGAGGAGGAGCUCGUCAUCCUAGCCUGUCGCAGAAAUCUAGGCAGUCUUACUUAUGACGGCGUCAAUGUGGGCGGAGAAAGGGUCGCGAAAGAGAUCGAAGAGGCUGUGGAAGAAUUAGAGCGUCAAGGACACAAAAUUACUCGAUUUUCGAUUGUUGGCUAUUCCCUGGGAGGGCUGGUUGCCCGCUACGCCAUUGGACUGCUGUAUCACAAGGGUUAUUUUGAGAAGAUGACCCCGGUCAACUUUACGACUUUUGUCAGCCCCCAUCUGGGUGUCCGUACGCCGUUGACGGGUUUUCAGAAUCACCUCUGGAAUGUGCUGGGUGCGAGGAUGCUCUCUACUUCGGGCCGACAGUUGUUCACCAUCGAUAAGUUUGGGGAUACAGGGAGGCCACUCCUCAGCGUUCUCGCAGACCCCGACAGCAUCUUCAUUCAUGCUCUUGCUCGCUUUCAACAUCGCACGCUGUACACAAACAUAAUCAAUGAUAGGUCCGCCGUCUAUUAUACGACCGGAAUCUCCAAGCAUGAUCCAUUCGUCGAUUUAACCAAGGUCAACCUCCAUUAUGUCAAAGGCUACGAACCCGUGAUACUGGACCCAGACCAUCCAUGCGACCUGAUGCCGCAGGAUGAGGUGCCGUCGUUUUACCAGAGACUGCACAUGCAUAGGCACCACUAUUUGCGACGCGCACCCAUCCUGCUUGCACUGGUGGUCCUUCUCCCUGUCAUCUUGGUGGCGUUUGUGGUGAAUUCUGGCAUCCAGACACUGCGCAGUCGGCGGAGAAUUAUGCUUCAUGAGGCCGAUCGUCACGGCGAAGGAUUUGGACUGUACAGGAUCCCCUGGAUGGUCCAGGACAUGCGUGUGGGCCUUGAGGAUGCUUUUGAGAACGUGAAUGCUUCUCAGGAACAGGAGUAUCUACCGGAUGGUUCGGAGGAGAUAGCAGAUGCAAUAGUAGAGGAUCCCGGCUCGUCUACAAUGGCCUUUGCGAAGACCUCGUCUGAAUCCUUAUUGUCUGAGAAGUCAGACAUCGGUGAGCCUUUGCUAUCUGAAAGGCCGUUCGGUUUCCCGACCUUAGCACUGACCACGGCCCAAUUUGCCAUGAUCAAAGCGCUGGAUGAUGUGGGAUUUCGCAAGUUUCCCGUAUACAUCCAGAAAAGCAGCCACAGUCAUGCCGCGAUCAUUGUGCGUGCUCCAAAACCUGCGUUUGAAGAGGGCAAAUUGGUGGUCAAGCACUGGUUGGACAACGAGUUCCACAUCUAG